GCAGCUCACAUCUCACUUUCUGACCAGUUGGUUCGGCUUAAAGCAUUAUGACCGAUAAGCCCCCGGAGCCGACUCAAUCGCCGCCGUCGAAGCCGGUCACGCUCCAGGACUGGGAGUCCGUAAUCGACGAUUUCCACCACGGCGGCGCGCGCCGCCACCGCUGGACCUCCGCGCACCCAAUCCUCAUCGACCAGGCCCUCUCCUGUCUCAACAAGCGUGAAUUCCCUCUCAAGCUCAACCUCAUCGUCUUCCUCGAAGAGUUCUCCGACCCGCUCUUCACAUCCGACCCGGAUUCCCUCCCCAAAACCCUCCACCGCCUCAUCGAAACCCUCCGCGCCCUGAUCCAGACCCCCGCCGAUGGCGUCCACGUCACUCUCGCGCUCAAGGAGCAGGUCAUGCUCUCCGUCACCGCCAUCGUCAUCGCCGCCGAUUACAUGCUCGACGGAUUGGUCGAGCUGCUGCUGACUGUGGUCAACCGCCCCAACCACGGCGUCGACCGCCAGGCGCGUGCGCUCGCGUGCGAGUGUUUGCGCGAGUUGGAGAAAUCCUACCCCUGCCUUCUCUCCGAUAUCGGCGGCCAUCUCUGGAGUCUGUGCCAGAGCGAGAGGACUCACGCCGCGCAGAGCUACAUUCUCCUCUUUACGACCGUCGUUCACAACAUCGUCGCCAAAAGGCUGAGCGUUUCGAUUCUCAAUACGACGGUGCCUUUGGUGCCGUUUACUGCUCCUCAGGUGUUGGUGAGUGGCUCAGGGAAGGAGGGCGGCGGCGGAGGGUUGAACUACAAGGAGCUGAGGAGAGCUAUGUCGUUUUUGCUGGAGUGGCCGCAGGUGCUGACGCCGUGCGGGAUGGUGGAGUUCAUGGACUUGAUAAUGCCGGUGGCGAUGGCAUUGGAGCUGCAGGCUUCAAUGCUGAAGGUUCAGUUUUUCGGAAUGAUUUACUCGUCGGAUCCUCUGCUUUGUCAUGUUGUUUUGACAAUGUAUAGGUCGUUUGUGGAUGCGUUUGAUGGGCAGGAGGGGCAGAUUGCGAGCCGGCUUAUGCUGCUUUCGAGGGAAAUGCAGCAGCAUUUGGUGUUUAGAUUGCUGGGGCUGCAUUGGUUGUUGGGGUUUGGUGAGGUGGUGUUGAAGAGAGAAGUGAGGAAAGUGAAGGGCAUUGUUGAUAUGGGGUUGAGGUUUUAUCCCAGUGUGUUUGAUCCGCUGGCGUUGAAAGCUUUGAAGCUUGACCUGCUUGCGUUUUGCUCCGUUUGUGUUGAUAUGUUGAAAUUGGAGGGUGUUUCGGGCGAGGAGGAGAGGGGUAGUGCUAAGUUGGUGGUGAAGGUUUUUCAAGAUGGACUUGUUUCUGUAUCCGCCUUCAAAUGGUUACCUCCACACAGCACGGAAACUGCAGUGGCAUUUCGAACUUUGCAUAGGUUCUUGAUUGGGGGAUCAUCUCAUUUAGACACUGAUCCGUCGACCACUAGAAGUCUCAUGGACUCCACCACAUUCACUUUCAUACAGGGGAUGCUGGUGGACCUGAUGUUGGAGUUCAGGAGAUUGGUUCCAGUGAUUGUUGCUUUGACUGAUCGGUUGUUUGCUUGUCAAAAGCACCGUUGGUUAGGAGAGCGUCUGCUUCAGAGUUUUGAUCAGCAUUUGCUUCCAAAAGUCAAGUUGGAUUAUACUUUGGUUUCUUGCUUCCCAGUAUUUGAUAAAAUUGCUGAAUCUGAUACCAUUCCCCCUCGAGGAUUGCUUGAGCUGCUUACCAAGUUCAUGGCAUUCCUUGUUGUCAAACAUGGCCCAUUUACAGGACUGAGGUCAUGGUCUCAGGGAAGCAGAGUUCUUGGCAUCUGUAGAACAUUUCUGAUGCAUCACCAUAGCUCUAGAUUGUUCCUCAGAUUAUCUCGUCUUUUUGCAUUCACUUGCCUUUACUUUCCUGAUUUGGAGGUUCGUGACAAUGCAAGGAUCUACCUUCGGUUGCUUAUCUGUGUACCAGGAAAAAAGCUCAGGGAUAUGCUGAAUCUUGGGGAAGAACUCGGUAUUUCACCAUCUGCACUGCCAAGUUUUAAUAUCCAGUUUCCUCUGUCCGUUGAAAAUCUUAAGAAGUCUAAGGGCAUCUCCUCAUAUGUUCACCUUGAGCGCAUGAUUCCCCUACUUGUUCAACAGUCUUGGUCCUUGUCUCUAUCAUCUUUUGGUUUUGGGAAUCUUGAAUCGGGUUACCCAGAAGGCAUCAGAGACAGUGAACCCAUAAUAGAGGAGAGUGAAAUUGAUAGCAGCAGUAAUAUCCAGAUUAUCCCUGAAACUGAAGGAAUUGAUCGACCACGGGAGCCGUUGCGUGUCAUGGAUGCAAAGAUUUCAGAGAUAUUAGUAACAUUAAGGAGGCAUUUCUCAUGCAUUCCUGAUUAUAGACAUAUGCCGGGACUCAAGGUUAGAAUAACAUGUUGUUUGAGGUUUGAUUCUGAGACUUUAAGUCACAUAUGGGGACUUGAUCCCCCUACUGAUGUGUUGGAUGAGUUAGAUGCCCUUCCUGCUUUUUAUGCGAUUGUGCUAAACUUCUCGUCAUCUGCACCAUAUGGUUCUAUUGCCUCAUAUCAUAUACCUUUUCUUCUUGGUGAACCUCCCAGAAAAAUUGAUAUAUCAGAUCAAUCAGCUGCUUUAGCUGUUAUUCCUGUUGAAAAUGGUUCUCAAGAAGAGGAAAGCUUCAGAGCUCCAGUAAUGAUAGAACUGGAACCACGGGAACCUACUCCUGGUCUGGUUGAUGUUUCCAUUGAAGCAAAUGCGGAAAAUGGUCAUAUAAUCCGUGGUCAGCUUCACAGUAUCACUAUAGGAAUAGAGGAUAUGUUUCUCAAGGCUGUUAUACCACCUGAUGUCCCAGAAGUUGCUUCACCUGGCUAUUACUUGGACUUGUUCAAUGCUCUCUGGGAGGCAUGCGGUAAUUCUAACACUGGGCGGGAGACCUUCCCAUUGAAAGGAGGGAAAGGGGUUGCAGCUAUCGCUGGAACCCGGUCAGUCAAGCUACUUGAAGUUCCUGCAUCUAAAGUGAUUCAGGCAACUGAGCGCUACUUGGCACCCUUUGUUGUAAGUGUGAUUGGAGAACCACUUGUUAGUGCUGUGAAAGACGGAGGAAUCAUUAGGGACAUCAUAUGGAGGGAUGACGCCUCCGAUUCUUUCCUUCAUAUCACUAGUUCUGGUACUGAUUUCGAUAGAGGCCCUCUUCAUCUUACCUACACUGAUGACAUAGAUGAAAGGGACAGCGCUGUCAAUAUCCGUAGGAAAAACAUGGGCUGCUUCCUCAUUUUGAUAUUUCUACCUCCAAGGUUCCAUCUCCUCUUCCUAAUGGAAGUGUGUGAUGAUUCAACAUUAGUAAGAAUUCGAACUGACCACUGGCCAUGCCUUGCUUAUACUGAUGAUUAUUUGGAAGCUUUAUUUUUGGCAUAGAAAUUUGUCUCUUCUGUUGACUUUGCUAGUAAUUGGCAUUUUUGUUCUAUAUUCUUUUGUCCCUUGUUUAGUAGUACAGAGAAGGGUAAUUUUUUUACACCCCAGAUAAACUUUACUGUAUAUACGUGCAUCUUCCAACUUUGUAAUUGUUGAAUUAGA